CCCUGCAGUGUGACAAAUUGCCAUUCUCAGCACUGGGUUAUCAGAUGUUGCAAGUGAUGAGGUUUGCUGUAGAGGAAAUUAACAACUCAACCUCCAUCUUGCCUGAUGUGACCCUUGGCUAUGAGAUCUUUGACCAUUGCUCAGACACACAGAAUUUUCCAUCAGUCUUUGAAUUCCUUUUCAAAAAUAGUUCUGUUGAUAUUCUUCGUUACUUUAAGGAGGACAGCCAUAAAAUUGUCUCUGUGCUUGGCCCCAUUGGAAGCAGUCAAACUAGCACCAUUGCACCAUUUUUCAUGAUGGACCUUAUUCCAAUGGUAAAUUACGCAUCAUCAAGCACAAGUUUAAGUGAUAAAGAGGCAUUUCCAUCCUUCCUACGAACAGUGCCCAACAACAAAGGUCAAGUACAGCUGAUCAUUCGCAUUUUAGAGAAGUUUGAAUGGAACUGGAUUGCCUUCAUAGGAGGCAACACUGACUACGGUGAAGAUGCCCUUCAGCUCUUCAGUGAUGGCAUAAGAAACACCAGCAUCUGCUUGGCCUACCAGGAGGAACUCACAAGAAACUCAAACUACAGUGUCACAUUUAAGAAUAUCAACAUGCUUCGUAUAAACGUCAUCAUAGUUUAUACUGUGAGGUUGUAUGCAACUGAGUUAAUUGCAUCAGCCAUAAUGAACAAUAUACAGAACAAGGUGUGGAUUGCAUCUGAUACCUGGUCUUUGAGUAAAGAACUUAGCACUCGCAAAGGACUCAGCACCAUUGGUACUAUUAUUGGAAUAUCAGAGAGGGUUAUGAGCUUACCUGGGUUUCCAGAAUUUGUCCAGAAAUCUCGGGGUGACAGUAAACAUCCUCAAUGCAAAAACGAAAAACUCCAGGAAUUUGGGGCGACCUGUAAUCAAGCUUGCUAUAACUGCUCUUACAUCGACCCAAACAAAAUAAUUACUGAAGAUCCAUCUUAUAACUUUGCCAUUUACUCUGCAGUUUAUGUAGUGGCAAAAGCCUUACACAACAUAUUACAUUGUGGUACAAAAGGGUGCAACAAGACUGAAAGAGUCUUUCCCUAUAAGCUUCUCAAAGAAAUAAAGAGGUCAGACUUCGAGCUACUGAACCUCCGUAUAAAGUUUGAUGAAAAUGGAGAUUCUCCUUCAAGAUACAACAUAGUGUCCUGGAACUUGGACUAUUCUGAUCCGUUUCAGUACAUUGGAUCAUAUGACGCAGAACCGGCUGAGAGUAUCAGUAUUAAUGAAACUCUUAUUCACUGGUACACCAAUGGAACAGUAAGUAUUCUACUGCUUUAUAUACAUGUUAACCCAGCAAUCAUGAUCUGAAUCAUAUCAGUAAAGGUUAUGCGAGUUAUGUUAACAGUUUC